UUUCCAUUUGGGCAUGUUUGCCCCGCACUCAGCGAGGUCAGCCCAUAGUUCUCAAUGUGGAUCCAAAGGGGAAGAAGCUACUUUAUGCAAAUAACAACUCGGUCAUCAUUCGAGAUAUCGCUAAUCCAGCAGUUGCAGAUGUAUAUACCGAGCAUUCUGUACAAGUAAACGUUGCUCAGUACUCCCCUUCUGGUUUCUACAUAUGUUCUGGUGAUCAACAUGGCAAAGUCCGCAUUUGGGAUACAGUCAAUCCAGAGCAUCUUCUAAAAGCAGAUAUUCAGCCACUUGGCGGAGCUAUUCGAGAUUUAUGUUGGUCACAUGACUCGCAAAGAAUUUGUGUUGCUGGUGAAGGCAGAGGCAAAUAUGCCCAUGUCUUCAUGAUGGACACCGGAGCCUCUGUUAAAGGAGAUUUAUCAGGACAUCAAAAAGCCAUAAAUUCUGUCUCUUGGAAACCAACAAGACCUUUCAGAAUUGUCACUGGAUCGGAAGAUAACAAAAGUGCCUUUUUUGAAGGCCCUCCUUUCACAUUUAAAUGCACAAGGAAUGAUCAUACAAAGUUUGUGCAGACAGUUAGGUAUUCUCCAGAUGGAGAGUACUUUGCUACAGGAGGUUUUGAUGGCAAGAUCUUCAUUUAUGAUGGAAAAGAAGGAGAAAUGAAGAAAGAAUUGGGAAGUCCAGCUCACAAGGGUGGAAUUUACGCUGUUUCUUGGAGUCCAGAUAGUAAAAAGCUGUUGUCUGCCAGUGGUGACAAAUCAUGCAAGAUAUGGGACAUUGAAUCAGGAGAGGCCACAGAAUUCCAGAUGGGCUCAGACGUAGAAGAUCAACAGGUUUCUUGUAUCUGGUCUGGAGAGCAUCUCAUCUCGGUUGGGCUUUCUGGAUUUAUUACCUACCUGGAUCCUUCAGAUCCCAGCAAACCAAAGAAAGUCUUAAAGGGCCACAGUAAGCCAAUCACAAGAGUGGCACUGUCAGCAGACCUCAGUACCCUAUAUACCACAGGUGUUGAUGGAGCUGUUACAUCUUGGGAUGUCAAGACAGGCCAGAAUGAAAGAAUUGCUGGAAAGGGACACGGUAAUCAUGUCAGUGGACUCAUUAUUAAAGAUAAUCUCAUCUACACAGCAGGAAUUGAUGACACUAUAAAGGCAAUAGAUCCUGUUGAACAUACGUACAAUGGCACAUCUAUUUCUCUAGGAUCACAGCCUAAAAUGAUUGCUCCCAUUGAAGAUGGAAUCAUUGCUGUUACAACCAAAGAGAUUUGUAUUAUUCGAGAAGACAAGAAAGUUGGCAGUUUCCCAAUCAGCUGGGAUGGAUUGUGCAUUGCUGCCAGUGGAAUGGGCUGCAAUGAAAUAGCUGUAGGAGGUGGUGACAACCUUAUUCAUAUUUUCACACUGAAAGACAACACGCUAACUGAGAAAACUACCCUGCAACAUCUUGGUGCUGUGACUGAUGUUGCUUAUUCUCCAGAUACCCGGUAUCUUGUGGCAUGCGAUGCUAACCGUAAGGUGAUUGUAUACUCACUUCCAACGUACGAAUUAUUUAACAAAAUUGAAUGGGGAUUCCACAACGCAAGAGUCAACUGUGUUGCCUGGAGCCCCAAUAGUCGUUUAGUAGCUAGCGGUUCUCUUGAUACAAUGAUCAUCAUCUGGAGUAUCAGCCAACCCUCUAAGCAUAUCAUCAUCAAGAGUGAGUAUUUAUACUUGGAAUCUGUUGUUGCAACAUAAGGUAGCUCUUGACAC